GAAGUGAAUUAAAACAUAAAAUAAAACUGCCCAACAUUUUAUUAUUCACUUUAUUUAUUAUAAUUUAAUUUCUAAAUUAUGGUACUUAUUUGAUUUGUCAGCCCAAAUAGGGGAAAUGAAACUUUCUACUCCACAGCUUUCUUACAGUUAUGUGGGGAGAUUUUUUAACCAAAUUGUUUCUAGUUUGAUGAUCAGUGGAGGCCUGUUGCUAAUAAUAUGACUGUAGUUGCACUGAGAAUCUGCCUGACCUUGAAGAACAGAACAAUGAAAUACAGAAAAAAAAGACCUAUCACAGGAAUAACUGAGCCUAAAUGUUGUCAAAGUUCCUGAUUUAAUUUACUUCACUUACACAGUAGCUACUUUCUCUUUUCCCAUCAUGUGACCAAAUCUUCUAAGUUCCUGUUUUGCAUGUCCAAGCAGCUGUGCUGUAUUCACUCUCUAGGUCACUCAGCCAUGAAGCACAACCUCUAAAUAGAUACCAGUCCCUUUUUCUGUUCUCUGCUGUCUUCUUUUUAGAUACACAAGUCAAUCAGGAUGGCCAAGACCUUCAGGGUGUGCUUCCACAUUACUGCCGUAUUGCUCUGUUGGACAGUGUGUAAAACAGAUAUUUCCUGCAAAAAUGAAGCCGGCAAACCAGUUGAUUGGUUUAUCAUCUACAAACUGCCCAGGUAUAGGAUUGGUGAGGUUGGCAGUGGGGUGGAAUACAUGUACCUGGACUCAUCAGUAGGGAGCUGGCAGAUGAGCAAAUUCAUGAUUAACACCAGCCGAGGAGCCGUAGGAAACACUCUGAGUCAGCUCUACAUGGGAAAGGCCUACAUGUCUAACAGCUCAGUCUACGCAUUGUACAAUGACGGACCACCGAUUGUGAAAUACAUUAGAGGAUACGGACACACCAAAGGGGUUCUGCUCUUUGAUCAAUCUCAAGGUUUCUGGCUGUCACACAGCAUUCCCCAUUUCCCCUCAUUCCCUGAGAGGGGCUACCAGUACCCCUCCUCUGGUAAACUCAAUGGGCAAACCGCGCUGUGUGUGACCUACCAGUAUGCACAGUUCCUUCGUAUAGCACAGCAGUUGGUCUACCUUUACCCACGUUUCUAUAACUGCUCUGUCCCCCCUGCGUUUUUGGCCGACCUACCACAGCUGGCUCAGCUGUGUGAGGGCUCCAAGCCACCACUGUCUUCCAACAAGAGGGAGGAGCAGCUUUUUUCUAUGCGUGGGGACAAGUUUAUCAGUUUUGUUAAAUCUGAGCAGCUUGUGGAUGAUAUCUACACUGGCUGGGUGGCUCAGGUUCUGGAUGCCGACCUUCUGGUGGAGUCUUGGCAGACACAAGGUCACGAGCUGCCCUCCAACUGCUCGCUGCCCAAACACACCAUGAACAUCAAGAGGAUUCAGCUUCCCAGAUCUAUCCUCUUCCAGUCCCAUUACGACCACUCAAAGUGGUGUGUGUCACGAGCUUAUGAGGACCAGAUAACCUGCCUGGGGGAUCUGAACAGGGAGAAGGCCCAGCUGUGGCGUGCUGGGGGGCUUAUCUGCUCCUAUAACCCUGUGAUUUACAAAGCUUUCAGACAAGCGGUGGAUUGGUACAUUGGCUGCUAAAAGAGACAGAAUCACAUGAAGACUGGAAUGAUGGGUUUGAAUCUGAAUUUAUUGCAUCAAAUGAGAAGGUUUGCUGUGUUAGAGUUCAAGCAGCUGAUAUACAACCAUCAGCACAUAAAAGUCAAACCAACAGCUGACUUUAAUGGCUUCUAUACCUAUUUAUGUGGAUCCUAACUAAACAUAUUUUUGUGGCAAACCUCUAACUUGCUAUAUUCUUUGGAAUCUAUAGUAUUUCUUUGUAUGUUUAAACCUACCAGAUAUACUGUAUUUGCUGUUAAAAAAUCCCUCAGGUUUCUUACAAUGUUGAGUUUAGCUAAGUAAGGUAAGUCAGUUUUUCUCAGAGUUUAUCACAUCAUGACAUCCCAGAAUAAUAGAUUCAUUAGGUUGCUGGAUACAACCUCUUCCAAUAUCAGAGACUUAUGCACAUUUUGAUGUUAAAAUACAGUCACCAAACUCUCUUCUAGCCCAAAUUAUAUCACUUAUAUGGGUGUAAUACAUAUACCUUUCCUUACAGUCUGUAAUGGACAAUUUUAUGAUAUAUGUUUUCCAUCAGAAAGGAUCUCCUACUAGAGUGUCAAUCCAUAGAUCAGUGUAUGGAGUUAGAUCUGCUGUCAUUCUGUUCAUAUUAAAAGGCUGAAGUGUUUUAUGCUUCAGUUUGGUUUUAAAAAGAAGUUCGAAGAGUCAAAAUGAAACUUAACUAAUUAAAA